AUGAAAACUCUAGUUCAUUGUAUCUGGACGUUCACAUAUUUCGUAACGCAGUCGACAGCAGAAAUACAGGCGAACCAGACCGAAGGCUCGGAUCCGUUGCGAUGGGUUGACCCGUUAAUUGGUAGUAGGGAUGGUGGAAAUGUCUUUGCAGGCGCAACGUUACCAUAUGCUGUUGCGGAUGUGGAUGGUGAAAAUACCGGGGGAUUCUCCACGGACGGCAGCAACAUCACUGGCUUCUCGGCUUUGCAUGACUCUGGGACUGGAGGAAACCCAAGCUUAGGCAACUUCCCUAUCUUUCCCCAGAUCUGCUCGGGCGAUGACAUCAACACAUGCAAGUUCCCAAUUGCAGCGCGUGCAACUCAUUACCGAAACGAUUCAAUCGAAGCACGACCAGGCUACUUUGGCGUGACACUGGAAAACGGCAUACACGCUGAUAUGACUGUCGCAGAACAUACUGCGCUCUUUCGCUUCAAAUUUUCAGCGACAUCCACUGGAAAUGGGAGUAACGAUCCGCUCAUAACGCUUGACCUGACCGACCUAUGGGCGAGUCGGCAGAACGCCUCGAUUACCGUAGAGGCAGAUGAAGGUCAGCAGUCGGGCAGGAUGAAAGGAAAUGCCACCUUUCUGCCCAGCUUCGGAGCCGGGUCUUACAUAGCUUAUUUUUGCCUGGAUAUCUCUGGAGGAUUCGUCAAAGACUCCGGGGUGUGGGUCAACGACAGAGCUGGUGAACAACCAAAGGAGCUUUAUGUCACGCGCGGGUUCAACAAUUUCUACGUCCAAGCUGGUGGCUUCAUACGCUUCAAAGGCCCACUCUCUGGACCAUUACUUGCGCGGAUGGGAUUGAGCUUCCUCAGUACUGAUCAGGCUUGCCAAAGUGCUGGGAGUGAAAUACCAAAGCCCGAUCUCGACUUUGACACACUCGUCAAAUCAGCCGAAAAAGUAUGGCGUGAGAAACUUGCUCCAAUAACCAUCGAACCUGGUGAUGUGGAAGAUGACAUACAAGCCGGUUUCUGGAGCGCUGUCUACCGUACUAUGGUAUCUCCCCAGAACUAUACCGGCGAGAACCCACACUGGCAAAGUGAUGAGCCAUACUUUGAUAGUUUCUACUGUCUCUGGGAUAUGUGGCGCGUGCAGCUACCUUUUCUCACCGUCUUAGAGCCAUCAAUGAUGUCCAGUUUAGUACAGAGUCUCCUCGACACAUACAAGCACCGAGGCUGGUUACCAGACUGCAUGAUGAGCACCUGUAAAGGUUGGACACAAGGCGGUUCCAACGCCGAUAACGUCCUAGUCGAUGCCUAUGUCAAGAAUAUCACUAGUAUAGACUGGGAACUUGCCUACGAAGCCAUCGUCAACGAUGCGGAAAACGAGCCUUUGGAAUGGAGCAAGGAGGGUCGUGGGGGUCUAGCCAGCUGGAAAUCCUUGAAUUAUAUCCCGGUUUCUGACUUUGAUCCUCACGGCUUUGGCACAAACUCAAGAAGUAUAUCUCGAUCCCUAGAAUAUGCUUACAACGACUUUAAUCUCGCCACCCUGGCACAUGGCCUUGGUAAAGAUACAACUGCGAAAUACCUUUCUCGCGCAACGAACUGGCGAAACCUCUUCAAACCUGAUCAAAUCUCUUCAAUCAAUGGUACCGAAACGGGCUUUACGGGCUUCUUUCAGCCGAAGAAUCUAAACGGAACGUGGGGUUCCCAAGACCCCAUUGCCUGCAGUCCGUUGGCUGGCUUCUGUUCGCUGACAUCCAAUCCUUCUGAGACGUUUGAAAGCAGUGUGUGGGAAUACAUGUUUUUCGUACCGCAUGAUGUCAGGGGGAUCAUCGAGUUGCUCGGUGGCGAUGAGACGUUCCAGCGCAGAUUGGAUUUCUUCCACACGAGUGGUCUAGCAGAUAUCGGGAACGAGCCGGUCUUUCUCACCGUAUACCUAUCGCACUUUGCAGGAAGGCCAGCGCUUAGUGCUGAAAGGGCGCAUUACUAUAUCCCUUCACAGUUCAACGCCACACCCGGCGGACUUCCAGGCAACGAUGAUUCUGGUAGCAUGGCAUCAUUCACGCUCUUCAGCAUGCUUGGUCUCUUUCCAAAUCCAGGCCAGAAUGUCUAUUUCAUCAUUCCACCUUUUUUCCCUUCAGUAUCCAUUACCAAUAAGCUUACUAACGCUACUGCUACUAUCCGAAACACCAAUUUUGACAAGGAGUACAAGAACAUUUACAUACAGAGCGCUAAGCUGAAUGGUGAGAUGUAUACAAAGAAUUGGAUUGGACAUGAGUUCUUCACACAGGGAUGGACGUUGGAGCUCGUGCUGGGAGAUACGGAGAGUGAUUGGGGUACAAAGAGGGAAGAUAGGCCGCCUAGUAUGUCCGAUGGGCAAGGAGAGAUGGACCUGAGGUUGAGGAUGGUGUAG